AUGGUGCCAUGGAGGAAGCUCUGGCUUUUGCCACCCGGAAGUAGGAGUGAUGUCAUGGUGGAAGGUCUUCAGGAAAAAUAUGAGAGAGAGCGAGAGUGAGAGAAAGAGAGAGAGAGAGAGAGAGAGAGAGAGUGAGCGAGAGCUGCAGCCAGGCCCGCCAGUCAGUCAGACGCCAAGGCAGCCUCAGGUUCAAUGUUUGCACGACCGCUGCUCACAUGCUGCUCUUCUCAUGGUGGGCUUCUACCUACGUGGACCACUUGGAUAGUCGGCUUCAAGGCAGCGGCGCUAUUAACGGAUUUGUCGUCCGUGACCAUCCACAGGGGACGUAGACCCAGUGCCUCAUGUGCUGGAUGACACCGUAUGGAGCUAAGUUCAUUUGAAUGGUGUCACACCACUCUGACCUGUCACUGGUGAUGACACCGUCAUGAGAUUUGCAUGACUGAAUGCAGUUUAGUUUCUUCAUUUGUAAUUUCAGUUGUUUUACUAAGAUAAUGAACUUUCUCGAAAAGUGUUGCUGCACUGUUUUCUAUUCGGGCCAGCAGCUGCAGCUUGACUACAGCUCCUGUGUAUGAGUGUGUGUGUGUGCGCACGCAACUGUGUGGGUUAUUCACAGUGCUGCUAUGCAGACUGGCUGGAGCCACACUCAGACAACUUCACUGUAGCUCUAGUUUGUGUGUGUGUGUGUGUGUGUGUGUGUGUGCUCGCCUGGACUGCUUUCCCAGAGAGAAACAAAAAGAAAGCACGCCUCACACUGACGAGAAAGCUAUGUCUCUCUUUCUCCACGCUGUGCUCGCAGGCGAAUCGCAUAUGUUCCACAGCUUUGUGUACGAGGGUGGCUUGUUCAGGAUGCUGCUAUGCAGACAGAGUGGAGCCACACGAAACCUGCUGGCAAAGUCCAAGUAACACACAUGACUGUCAGCGCGGUGCGGCUCACGGUUUUACCAGGAGCUCCAUAAAAGACAAAACAAGUGUCGCAUUUUGCUUUGAUUACACUUUUCUUGGGUCAUUACAGUAAUUGGUUGAGAAAUGAAGGACCCCCAUCCACUUGCCAAUAACUGGAUUAAAUCCCCCUGCAAGGACCCAGUGAUUAUCCCGAUGCAAGGCUCUCACAAAAAGUUCAAGAGAAAGUCUCGCGAGCCUAAAAAACUUUUCAGUGGCUUUGAACCUGAAAGGUUGAAAGCAUACACAGUGGCCACAUCAGAUGGGGACACGCCGGAGGACCCUCAUAUGGAGCCGUGUAAUGUCAGCAGGUUGGCUCCGCUCCACAGACACCUCGCCGUGUCACAUGAGGAGAGUGCCACCGGGAUCCUAUCAGGUGUACCGGGUGUCAUGCUAGCGCCGCCGCAGAGCGGUGCUUUAGACAUGAGGAUCGGGAGCGCCAUCACUUCCAAACUGUCUCAGUUAGCCACCUCGUCGUUGCCCAAUCGAGAGAUCGUCCACUGGCCCGCGGCGAUAUCUCAGCCCCUCUCAAACCGAUUCAGAGCGGGCCCCCGCCUCACCUUCCCCGUAACAAUGUCAUCCAGCAACGUUCUCAGCCUUUCACCCAACCACCAAACCUUCUCCAUGGACCCAUCAAUGUCAGGCCAAACUACACCUCGGCCCGUCUCUCAAACCCCUCUGAACCCUCAAGGCCGUGAACAUGUAGAGCAUCAGGGCCACUCACCUAAGGAGUCUUCUAGGAAGAAGGUCGGAAUGGGCGUCGACGGAACCGGACGUCUUCCAGAGGUCAAAGCCGUCCAGCAGACAAGGAGGCUCCUAGCUAAUGCCCGUGAGAGAACCCGCGUCCACACGAUCAGUGCUGCAUUUGAGGCCCUGAGGAAACAGGUGCCUUGCUAUUCCUACGGGCAGAAGCUAUCCAAGUUGGCCAUAUUACGAAUAGCAUGCAACUACAUCCUGUCCCUGGCUCAACUGGCUGAGCUGGACUACAGCCCUGACCAUGGUAGUCAAAGCUUCUCCCAGUGUGUGGAGCAGUGCACUAGGACCCUGCAGGCUGAGGGCAGGAGCAAGAAGAGGAAGGUUGGAAGGUUGCCAGAGGAUGUUUGAAGACCGAAGAAGCUUCUCUCCUUCAUGCAGACUGUAAGGCACAGUUUGAUUACUACUGUCUGUGAACAGAGCCAUCUGCAGUAUCAACUGGCAGUUUUAAUCAUGCAUUGGGGUUAACAAAAAAUGGUUUGAGCUGAAUAUUUUCAAAGAAUUUUUAUUUAAGUCACAGCAGUUCUCGAUAAAAGAGAUAUGACAACAUUGUUUUCAGUUAUGUGUAAUAUUUUGCUCUUUUUAUAUUUUGAUUGUAUGUUCUGGUAGCUGAUGAUGAUGAUGAUAUAAAAUCC